AUGCAGCUGCCACCCUUCGACAUGUGGAAGGACUACUUCAACCUGAGCCAGGUGGUGCUGGCACUGAUCCAGAGUCGGGGGCAAAGGCCCGAGGCCCCGGAUAUGAGGGAGCCAAGACCUGAGCCCCAGCUGGGGCAGGAUCCGGGCCUGGGAGGGUCGGGGGCCGGCGGAGGCCCGGCCACCCUGUGCAACUUCUGUAAGCACAACGGAGAGUCCCGCCACGUCUACGCCUCACACCAGCUGAAGACGCCGGAGGGUGAGGUGGUGUGCCCCAUCCUGCGGCACUACGUGUGCCCCCUGUGCGGGGCCACUGGCGGCCAGGCCCACACGCUCAAGUACUGCCCGCUCAACGGUGGCCAGCAGUCUCUGUACCGCCGCAGCGGGCGCAAUUCGGCUGGCCGCAAGGUCAAGCGCUGA